AUGUUUCAGGGAAAUUGUUUCAGAGAAAUUCUUCAAGAUCGCUACAAGCAACUGCAUAUGGUCUGGACGGGUGUCCAGCCUAACGUCACAGAAAAGGGUGUGCUGGAGACUUCUGCAGAGGUGGAGGUGAGGUUAAUCGUGAAGAAGGACGAAAUAUUGAAGGUGACUCGUCAAAUGACAUCACCGAAAUUUCUCAAUCAUCUCGUCAAGCAGAAGACCAAUGACAAAGAAGAGGAUUUCCUAGCAUGGCAGUGGCUUCAGAAACUAGUGAAGACACUGGGGGAAUGCAGCAUGAGUUCAGAGGAGAGCAAUUUAGAAAAUGAUAUUGAAACAGUCCUUUGCAUCAAGAACAUGAUAUGGCGCUGUGCGAUAGGACGCGAAUUGGAUAUUGUUGAUCACCAGAGACUUGUGGAUGAUGACAUAUCCGCCCCCCAAGGCUUAAAGUCAAUGAAAGAAUACGCACAGCUGGAAAUCCAACGACUUCCAGGUUACUGGUGUAGCGGUUGGGUUUGGCAGGGACAGGUGCCAGGGGUCCUGUAG